GCUGGCUGAGAAGCGCAACCCGUCAUCAGCAGGGGGAGAGCGGGUCACUCGGACUGCCAGGAACUGAGGGGAAUUCUGAGGGACACGGUCAAGGCAACGACCUAUCACAUGGUCAGAACAUUAUGAGAUCCCAGCUUCACAAACAGAGUACAUCCAAUGACUGUAGGAACAAGGCGGUGUGUGGUUUUUGGGAAGUUUCCCCUUCCAGAUCAAAAGAAAAGUUUUUUCUUGAACUUUCCCAUGAACAAAAUCAAGAAUUGAUUUGAAUAAAUAACAGCCGGACCACUAUAACUUCUGUAAAAGAAAUAAUAUUCCUGUAUUGGAGCCUCGAGUACAUGUAGAAGGGAGCACAGCGACGUCGCUGCAGGCAUGAAACGUCGCUAACAGCCCACUGCAGUGAAAGUGAAACCAAAGCGGGAGUUCGUUUCCUUCUGAUUGUGGGUCAGCAGGAGCGGCCCAGCAGGUGAGGAAGAACACCGGCGGCCGGGCAGCGGACGCUUUCCCGCGGCAUUGCUGUCCGCUCGGGGCCGGCGGCAGCAGCAGCAGCAGCAGCAGCGGGGUGUAUCCAGAACCGAAGGCGGCGUCCAGUGGAGCCUGGGAACCGCAGGCUGCUUCGGGCUCUGCUCGGCUCCGAGCCCUGGCGGGGUUGGUUGGUGCCGCUGACCGCAGGCAGAUGCCGGCAUUGGGAUACCAACUCCCAGAGGGUCUGUCCAAAUAAAUACACUGGUGCAAUUGGUGAAUAUGAAAGUCUAGGAGUGAAUACUUAUUUCAAGAAUGUGAUACUCCUUCACUCCUCUGGAGGUGACCAGAACAAUCUUGGAGGUUCAGGUCACUGCACAAAUAUUACACAACGGCUAUUUCUAUAUAGAAUUACUGGACAACAAUGGAUUACUUUCUUAGUAUAGAUUAAAAUGGGCAAUGAUUUAUGUUGUCAAUGGACAUUUUGCCAAAGUGAGGCGAAACCAAUGGCUGAAAGUGAACAGGAAGCUUUACUGUGUGCCAGCAAUGCCAGUUCAUGCAGGGCAAAUGAUGUUAAAGGGCAGCAGGUAUCUCCACAAAAGUCGGUAGGCAGUGAGGAUUCGACAGAUCCAAGAAACAGAACCGACAGCGCAAAGGUUCGUAGAACUGCUGCUGCUUCACCAAAAAGUGUGCAGCAGGUCGGAAUUGAAAGUGACUUUAAGAAACUUGUCACCAAAGCCCAGGAUACUAAUCUCAAGUCAGAACCUGCUGUGAAUGAAAUUAUAAAUAUGGAAGGUCAGAGGACUGGUCUUAAUACAGAGGAAAGUCCAAGCUGUGAUAUGUCUGAAAAAAUCAAACAAGAGAAUUAUACUUGUAUCAAGGUUGUGCAGAAAACAAUGCAAACUUAUGAAAGCAACCAGCUGUCGGAUUCUGCGUCACAAGAAUGCAAGAGGGACUUGUUAUCAGAAUCUGCAGAGAGAAAAUACUUGCAUGAUUUGGAAGAUUCUGAAAAGCAGGCAAAAAGAGCUAAAUUUUAUCAAUGUGAUUUGAGUGAAAGUGAACAUCAUGGAAAGCUUGGUCAGACACGAGCAACGCAGCUUGGGGAUGAAGGCAGAGCAAAAAAUUUAGGAAGCGAACAGUUGGAUUGUGGAAUUAAACAGAUAAGGAACUACCAGCAAAGUGAAGAGCCUGUCAAUAUAACUGUAAAAGCUGUUGAACAGGUCUUCAAAGAACCAGAUUCAUCAGAGCUGAAAGAUAACCUCUUCAACAAUGAAGUAGCUAUUGCUACAAAUACUGAUGCGCAUGUGGGCUACAGUCAGGAAGGAAAUGAUGGAGAGGAAGACCUUUACCGUGAUGAAGAUGAAAUAGAGAAAGAUAAAUCUCAAAGGCUGCUUGAUGAAAGCCAGUUUGCAGUGGGUGCCACAGAGAGAUCCACUAUUGAACCCAACAUGGCCAUUUUGGAGUAUUGUGCCAGAGAGUGGAAAGGAAACACAGCAAAAGCACAGCUGAUGAGAAAGGCCUAUGAAGCUGUAUGUGAAAAUUUCAAUUCUAUACGUAGAGUUCGUGGUGAUAAUUACUGUGCUCUGAGAGCCACACUAUUUCAAGCAUUGAAUAAUGUUGAACAACUUCCCUGCCUGCAACAGGAUGAUCUAGACCAGCUUCCAGAUAAGCUCAUUGAGACAAGCUAUGUCUGGAUUAAUCAGUGGCAUUUUGGCAUUGAAGACUCUGGGAAUGAAAAUCCUGUAAAAGUCCUGAAGGGAUAUUUGACAGCACUGAAGGAAAAGUAUAUGCAUUUAUGUGAAAUGAAUUCUGGGGAAGAAAGAGAGGCUGCCUGUGAAGAGCUGUUCAGAACUGAUACAGAGGAAUACAGGAUGUACGAAGCUGUGAAAAUCAUGAUGUUGGCUAAGGCUAUUGAACUUGACUGCGAUAAAGUGCAAGAAAAAGAAGUCCCUCUCUUCUGCUGGCUGAUGUUUGCUCGUGAUACUUCUACUGACCCUUACCAGUUCAUGAAAAAUCACUUGAAUCAUGUUGGCAACACUGGUGGAUUGGAUCAGGUGGAAAUGUUUCUUCUGGGAUACUCCUUACAGUUGACUAUCAGAGUUUUCAGGCUCUACAAAUUUGGAACUGAUGAGUUUAUCACCUACUAUCCUGAUGAUCACAAGGAUGACUGGCCAAUGGUUACUCUAAUAACAGAGGAUGACAGACAUUAUAAUGUACCUGUGAAAGAUACUCAAGUGACCACUUUAUAAGGUGAAUUUUAUGGGACUUAACUGCCAAUUUAUAUCCCGAAAGCAAUCGUAACUUGAAGUUCUUCUGAUAUUUUUAAGAUGCAUAACUUGAAGCUUAAGAAUUUAUCAAACAUUAAUAUAAAAGGUUGAGUAUAUGAUUUAUAGGCAUGAGAGAAUGCAGAACAAAUUUGAGUGGGCACAGUUGCUGUUCCAGACUUUGUGUCCUGUUGAUAUUUUGUAAAAUUAUUGAUUUGUACAUAAAUGGGGAAAAACUGCCUUCGUAAUGCUUGGACAUGCUAUAAAUAAACAUUAAUUGCAA